AUGCCUGCCCUCAAGACUCUUCUAGCCACUGGCCUUGUUGGCGUUGCCUCAGCGGCGCUCAACCCCAGCUGUGCUCCCGGCGGCAACUUUGACCUUUCCAAAUGGUCCCUGCAGCUUCCCAUCGGCUCUGCGGGCAGCCCAACCACGAUUUCCGCUUCCCAGCUCUCAGGCUGUGGGGGCUAUCAAGAUCCCGGCCACAAGUACUUCUUCACUGAGAGUGGCGACGGCGCCCUGGUCAUGAAAGUCCCUGGAGCACCCUCAAACACCGGCUGUGUCACAACACCAAACAGCCAGCACUGCCGCACGGAGCUGCGCGAAAGCAACCCCAGCAGCUGGGACCCCAAUGCCAGCAACAACAAGUUGACGGUGACGCUCGCCGUGGAACAGCCAGACAACUCAGGCUAUGGCACUGUUGUCGGCCAAAUCCACAUCUCUGACAACGUUAGCACCAAGCCAGUGUGCGAGCUGUACUACAGCACCAGCGGCGAUCUGACCAUGGGCGUGGAACAAACCCGCUCUGGCGGUAACGAAGUCAUGACCAAGGUUGGCAAUGUUCCCGUUGGCCAGCAAUUCACCUACACGAUCAGCUAUUCUAGCAACGUCCUCAGUGUCAGCAUCAACGGCGCUGCUGCCAAGACUCUCAGCACCUACUCCCUUGAUGCGCCCUCCAGCUACUUCAAGGUUGGAAACUACAACCAGGGCUCAAGCGCUUCCGAUGUUCACUUCUUUUCCAUCAACGUUUCUCACUAAAUUGAUUCAAUCAGCCAACAGAGGCUAUUGUAAAUAUUUUCUUCUUCUUUUUUGUGGCGAGCAAGGGCCGUUGUACAUAAAGGGCUUCAUUGGCAGCUACACUCAAAUCUUAAUUUGUCACCACAUAGCGUAUUUUGGCAUUGUUUUAGGAAGGUUGAGAACACUGAGAAACUCACGACUUGGUUAUUAGCAUACAAGUUGACCAGAUAAUUGACUCAAUAACAAGAAGUAUUUUUCU